AUGAGCAUCCUUCAGGAAACAAUCGAGUUUAUUGCGCCCGGCAUCCCGACUGUGUUCAGAGAUCCUUAUCCAGUCAACUCCUCAAGCGUCGCUGAGAAUGAGAUAAAUAGCACGCUCAACGGCUUAGCAUUCUGGAAGCGGCAAGAUGACGUUGUCAUGAUGUGGGCAGAGGAGAUCAACAAGCCAAUCAAAGAUCAGAAUCGCGACCUCAUUAAGAAAUUGGAAAUUAUCCGUGAGGAGUGGCUUAUGAUGAGAGAGACCCACAAAGAGCAGGUAAAGAAAGGAUGGGUUCCACCAAAGAGAGACUAUGAGUCUGAGAGGAGGGCGAGAGAGGAAGCCAUAGAGGAAGAAAUGUCCUCGCAGUUUCGAGAACAGGUCGAUCCGGCAAUGUAUGAGGACUCCACACAUUCUCAUCCCCAGACUCCACGCCGAGCAUAUAUGACUCCGGAUUCAAAUAAACGCAAGCGUUCUUCAACCGAGGAUGAUGAGGACUUGAGUGCAAACCCUGAUCAACCUCGAAAAAAAGUCAAAGACCUGACGCACACUCUGCAACCAAGGUCAGAAGAGAAUAAGAGCAAGGAUAUAAGCCUUAGAGAAGUGGACGGUCCCCGCCUUAUACCUGACAUACUUGUGCCAGGGGAAUCCCAGACUGAGGCCAACGGCGCAAGCUCUAUCAGAAGCAAAUCACCAAACAUCACCGUGGUGAUGAAAACAAAAACAUCGCCUAAUAACGGUGGUAAAACAAAGCGACGAAAUCAAGCCAAUGCCCCAAAAACUACCAACAAAGGGCCAAGGCGCCCAAUCAAUCCACCGCAAACCACUAGCAAAGUUGGAAAGGGCCAACCCGACAACCCGCGAACAAAGAACAAAGAGAAAUUACCACCUCUACUCCGACCAGGUACCCGCUCUCAAGGAAUGGGCGCAGCGUUAUCACUUCAUCUCGAUAAACGAGGUCAGAUCGUGUUGGAGUCGCCGACAGGGAAGCAGAAAAUGAUGUCUAUGAAGCGACUUGCGUCACGGAUGAUAGGCGUGAAAGGAUGA